AUGACAGCAACACGGGAUCUUUUAUUUGCAGCAAUGGCAAAAUUACGCCAUGCAAAUAUUGCUGUAACAGAUCUGCACCAAAAUCCACCUCUUUCCCCACGGGAAACUGCGGUUUCGUCGCCCUUUCGCUAUCCGGAAUCAAAAUUGCACAUCGAACGGUGUGAGAUAGAACCGGUACUGCAAACGGAACAGGAACUGGAAACAGCGGUACCGAACUGCAAGUCUGCAGAAGUGGUCCGCGCUUCACGUGAGAUGUCUGUAGGUAGCGACGGGCUGGAUCCAGUAUCAGUGGUACCAAAUGGUGGCUACGGUCGCCUGGCGGCUGAUAGCUCCGCUUCUACCGCAAGUGGAAAACGACGGAGAAAACCGGAUAGUACGUUUUUCAAAAAAAUUUUCUUCCGUUUUCUAAAAUUAGGCUUUAUUGAUAAGCCCGUAGGCCACAACAGUAUUUCGGUUCUACCCGCUGCUGGUGGCAUCGGACUGAGAUGA